CUGAAAGGAACAACUACUUGACUGAAGGUGGGCGGUAAAUGCGCCCCUGACCUCGAGUGCAGGUACAAAUCCAAUCAACACAACACAACCCGGAGCAUAGCUUUUCCAAUAGUGUUGCGGAGUUAGCGAGAUGCCUAUCUUUGAGCUGAAGCCAGUGGACGGUGGUAAUCUAGUACUCCUACCGGAGGGCGAGACUGUUCUCGGCAGAGGUCCUCUAUUUGGAGUCAAUGACAAAAGAGUCUCCAGGAAUCAUGGGCUUCUGGAGAAUGCAGACGGAAAACUCCGGAUCAAACCUACCCACCUGAACCCGUGCUUUGUCCAGUCCUCGCUGGAGUCGCCCCCUCAGCCCCUGCAGAAGGGCCAGUGGUACACGCUGGGCCCCGGGGACCUGCUCUCCCUCCUGCCGGGGAAGCACGUCUACUGCGUGGUGGCCAAGGAGACGGAGGAGGAGGCCAAGGAGGAGGAGGAGGAGGAGGUGCCGAAGGAGGAAGACGAGAGCACGAUUAGGAACAGCCAAAAUCUCCAUGACGACGAGAAAGGUGAGAGUGACGGAGAGGGCGUAGUAUCGGGAGAGGCAAAGACUUCCUGUUCGGCACCGCCAUCAGCCAAUGAGGAGCCGGAUGGGUCCACUCUCCCGUACAGGGCGGGUGUCUCCGUGAGCCAGCAGUCCACGCUGGAGGCCAGUCUAGAACGCCGGGGCUCGGAGGAACGUCCUCUCGGCUCCGCCACGGGAGACCUGGUGUCAGGUGCUGGUGUGGCGGAGCGCGAAGACGUCGUGGGGGACGAGGCGGCGGCGGCGGCGCCACAGAGGACGAGGACGCUCCCCGCCUGGAUGAUGGCAGGCAGCAGCGGAGAAGCCAGCGCUCCAAACACUCCUAAAGGUGCUGGGAAGAGGGGCCCAGCGAAAGCCACAGCCACAACACCCAAGCCCAAGCCCAAGCCCAAAGCAGCAGCUGUGUCCACACCCAAGCGGGGCAGAGCCCGGGUCGUGUCCUCGGAGGAAGACGAGGAGGCACGGGAAAGAGAGGAGGAGGAGGAGGAGGUGGUCCAGUUGCCCAAGAGGAGGAGGAAGAGGGUGAAGAGCAGCGAGGAAGAGGAGGACGAGGAGGAGGAGAUGAAGGCUGCUGCUGGUCCUCCUCGACUCGUCAAACCCGCCAGACAGUCCACACCUGUUCGGGACGAGAUGAGCGACGAGUCCGACGGCAUGGAGGUUGGCCAGGCGAUGGAGGAUGAGGAGCAAGACGAAGUCCAAAAGAGGCCGAGAGGACGAGCGCCAGGAGCUACCUCGUCCAGCGUUACGUCCACAGGCAGCACAGAUCGCAAACGCAACGACAACGACGACGACGACAACAAGCCGUCGUCUCAGAACGGACACGGUGCGUCGCAGGCUGCAAGCAAAGCUAAGAGCAAGGAGACCACCGCUGGAGGGGCCUCAGUGAAGAAGGCAACGAGAAGGACACCCUGUCCCUACGGAAGCUCCUGCUACAGGAAAAACCCAGUCCACUUCCAAGAGAGCAGCCACCCGGGAGACAGCGACUACGAGGAAGGGGACGAGGAAGAGGAGAAGGAAGUGGACGAGGAGGACGACGAUCGCCCAGAGUGCCCGUACGGGACCGACUGCUACAGGAAGAAUCCACUACAUAAGAAGGAAUACAAGCACACCAGGCCUCCAGAACUUCUGCCUCCCGACAAGACGACGGAGAUGAGGACGAGGACGCGUACGACGACAGCUUCAUCGACGACGACAGCGAGGGGGACGUCGCCGAAGACUCGGACUACGUGCCUGAAGAUUCCGGCGACAGCGGGAAAGAGGAUGUCAAGCGCCUUCAGAAAGAGGCCAAGGCUUUCCUCCGCAGAAAGAAAUAGUUCUGGGUGUAUUUUAUACAUACAUCUCCUAUGAAUGAUACAACACAGCCAUCAAAGGCCUUGUUCAGCAGAGCUAAGUUCAGGGUGCCAUUCAGUGAAGUAGGAUAGGAAGACUUGGGUUUAAGGAUAUAUAUUUAUAUAAGGAUAUCCUUUCUUAUAGAUCGUAUCCGACUCUCUAAUCGGACUCAAACACCACUCUUAUGUUAAUGCAGGUUGUUACAACAACAACAAUAACAACCGCACCAGUUGGUUUGUAAUCCUAGCGAUGGAAAGGACUCAUUAGGGCUAUUGAUGGGCUGGAGCGUUCUCAACUACUGAUGUCCGUAAAGUGAUCUUUAAUAGGACUUUUCAUUAGCCGCUUAAUUGAAUCGCUGUAUUGUAAUUAAACUUGGAAAAGUUCCAACGACAGUUACCCAACAAGGCAUUCAGCUCAGGUCUCCCAUCAUUAGGAGCAAGUGUGUAUCAACACCCUUCAACCACACACACACAUAUAUACACACACACACACACACACACACACACACACACACAUACACACACACACACACACACACACACUCACACACACACACUGCUCCCUUUGGUGAGUCAUAUAGCUGUGAAGUAUAAAGAACCAGGCACACAAAAUGAGCGAGAGAGAGAAAGAAGAAAGAGAGUGGAGAGGAAAGAGGGGGGAAAGAAACACAACAAGAAGAAUAAAAGAGAAGCACCUAGUGUUCAUGUCAGCCGUGACCUACAUAUACGAGCCUCAGAGAGGUUCACUCUGUCGGCGUCUGGCACUGUCAACGGAAUGCACCCAUCCCCUUUCUAGAAGAUUCUUUCAUGCCUUUCACAUCCCGUUCUCAGGAGUGAACCCUGUUCCCCAUCCACCUUAUUGAGGGGUUUGGGGUGUGUGUCUGUGUGUGUAUAUAUGUAUGUUUAUUUGGGUUGGGGGGGGGGGGGCGUGUUUGUCCGGCUACACACCAACACACACUGUAUUUGUAGGGAGGGAGUUAAAGGAAACAGUCAGUAGUUGGAAUGGAACAUUGAAACUUUUAAUGCAACUAUGUGAAUUGAAAUAGAUGUGCCAGUGUAAACCUGGUUGAAGUCCAGCUCUUGUUGGGUUUUUUUUUUUUACGUUUCUGAUGGUUUUUGAAUGGAUGCUGUGUUUUUUUUAAUGAAAGUUGAUUUUUUUUUAAAAUGUCUGGUCUGCUGUUUCUAUUGUACAAAUACAAAAAAAAAACACUUUCUCACAAACUCAUGCUGACAUGUUGUCUGUUUUUUGAGUUUCUAGUACUGUUUGUGUACCCUGAAGGCACCAUUUGUUUUCUCAAGCUAUAUCAGCCCUUGUUGAAAGGAUACUUGACAUCACUUUGUUGCUCGGAUCAAACAAAAUUGCUAAGCGAAAGACGGAUUAGGACUUUUCUGUUGGGGUUUUGAUGAUGAAAGCAGUUGUGAUGUGUUCAGUUUACAGGAACAUGUUAAUAUUCUGUUUUUUCUAGUUGUUGUUGUUGUUUGUUUGAUUGUUUUGUUUUGUUUUGUUUCUUUGAUAAAAUAUGUAGCAGGUGGAUUGGCAUUGAGUGUGCUGCCUGCUUGAUGUAGUCCCCCUGUGUCCAGUUAGAGUUACUACACCCCUGGACGCAAUAUUUUUUUUUAAAAAAGGCCCCUACCAUCUUGCGGAAAAAAAA